AGCUCGCAUCCAAACCAUCUUGAAUUCGUAGCCCUACAAAACCCACCCCCUCCCUUCGACACCCCAAGGAAGAAAACCCACCACGCAUGCGCCAUGUCCGAUAGACCCUCGCACCGAGGCGGCCGGGGCGGCCAGGGAUCUCACCCCCGUGGCGGGCGAGGCGGCGGAAGAGGAGGAGGCGCUGGAGCGGGCGCGCAGCACGAUCGCGAGAGGACCAAGAAGGAGAACAUUCUCGACCUGGCCAAGUACAUGGACAAGCAGAUCACCGUCAAGUUUAACGGCGGACGAGAGGUCAAGGGCACCUUGAAGGGUUAUGAUGCUUUGAUGAACCUCGUUCUUGAUGAUGUACAUGAAGUUGUCCGAGACGACGAAGGCAACGAGUCCACCCGCUCCCUCGGUCUCGUCGUUGUUCGAGGCACCCUCCUCGUCCUCGUGAGCCCCGUCGACGGCAGCGAAGAGAUCGCCAACCCCUUUGUCCAAGCCGAGGAUGAAUGA